CCAGUCCCUCUGGGAGCCGAGGGCAGGUUCCAGAAACUGUUCCGGCGGGGCUGCCCGGCGGUGAGGAGUCGCUCCCUCCUCCCACAGAACGUGCCCAGGCAAGACCAGAAAGUCGCUCGCCAUGUCAUCUGCGGAGGCGGGGGAUGUUUUCCACAGAGCCCGGGGCAGGACCCUGGACGCGUUUUCCUCAGAAAAGGAAAGGGAAUGGAAAGGCCCAUUCUACUUCAUCCAAGGUGCAGACCCCCAGUUUGGGCUGAUGAAGGCCUGGUCCACUGGGGAUUGUGACAAUGGCGGAGAUGAGUGGGGGCAGGAGAUGCGUCUCACUGAGCAAGCUGUUGAGGCCAUCAACAAACUGAACCCAAAACCCAAAUUCUUUGUUCUUUGUGGAGACCUCAUCCAUGCUAUGCCAGGAACUCCCUGGAGGAAAGAACAGACCAAGGACCUGCAGCAAGUACUAAAGGCUGUUGACCAAGACAUUCCACUGGUGCUGGUCAGUGGCAACCACGACUUGGGCAACGUCCCCACAGCCGAGACCGUGGAGGAGUUCUGCCAGACAUGGGGAGAUGACUACUUCAGCUUCUGGGUAGGGGGCGUCCUGUUUCUGGUGCUCAAUUCCCAGUUCUUCUACGAUGCCUCUAAGUGCCCUGCACUGAAGCAGGCCCAGGACCACUGGCUGGACCAGCAGCUGAGCAUCGCACAGCAGAAGAGGUGCCAGCACGCCAUUGUCUUCCAGCACAUCCCGCUGUUCCUGCAGAGCAUCGAUGAGGAUGACGACUACUUCAACCUCACCAAGGCCGUGCGGAAGGAGCUGGCAGACAAGCUCACUGGAGCAGGUAUCAGAGCUGUGUUCUCGGGCCACUACCACAGGAAUGCGGGGGGAACCUACCAGGAUCUUGACAUGGUGGUUUCAUCUGCAAUCGGGUGCCAGCUGGGCAGAGACACCCACGGGCUCCGUGUGGUGGUCAUCACUGCUGAGAAAGUUGUUCACCGUUACUACAGCUUAGAAGAGCUGAGCAAGAGAGGAAUUGACGAGGACCUGAAGGAGCUGAUGAAGGAGUGAUUCCCCAUGUAAUCCACCCAGGUUUCAUGCCCACGAAUGUCCACAGCCCCUCAUAGCAAUGUCUGAGUAGACAGGCAAGUUUGUGAAUGGAUGUCCUUUUAUAUAAAUCAAAAUGCUGGGUCCUAGCUUCAAUUAUAUUCAAAAGAGGGCUGUCUUCCCUUUAAAAAGCCAGAAAAGAAGGCUGUCAAUAUUUUCUAAUUAUGGUGUGAGACUUUCCACAUGAUGUUUGGGUAAACUCUCCUCAUGGUGCAGCUUUCAACUCUGCCCUGGAUUCCCACUGUUUCUUACAGUUUACAGUCAAUACCCACCUCCUGCCCACAAUCCCAGCUCAGUACCCAAGUGUGAUCAUCAAUAAUUCCUCCAACAAACUGUUUCUGCUUUUGUUAAAUUGUGGUCAUGACUCCCAGAACACUGGGAAAACAAAGGUCCCUCCUUCUUACUGGCCAACCAAAUAGUACCACUCUGUCCCAGGGCCAUAGACUCCUCAUAACAGGGAGCUUCAUAACCACCACUGAUGCGAAUUUCAAGACUUCUGUUACUGCUGAUGGUGCAAACACAGGUGGUCCAUGUGAGGAUGUGUUUGCCUUUCUGAUGACAGAUGUCACCUUCAUGUACAGACUCUGUGUUCCAGGUGACCAGAAGAGAGGCUGCAGCACGAAGACACUGUACAGCCCAUGUGUCUGCCCUGUUUAUGUCCUCCCGCUGCGGCCAGCCCACAGCAUUAUCAGAUCACAAUGAACCUAGUGGGAAAACUGGAUGUGAUGCAGACUUCUCCCGAGAACAACCCAGAACUGUCCCUGGGCAAACUAUAUCAUGUUAAUUACCACUGACAUACAAUACCCCUGGACAAAAAAACAGUGUGAGUUACUUAAAAUCCUUUUCUUGGUGGAAUCCGCUCUGCUGCCUCCUCCUGGAGCGCUGACCUCUGGCUCUGACCCUCCACGCAGCUCCUAGCCUGAUGCUAACCGGGGCUCUCUACCCUGCUGCGGAAGUUUUACAGUGUCCUGCAGCGGCACGGGGGAUCCUAAACCGACUUUAAAAACUCACUGGUUAUAAAUGAACCGCAAAGCCCAUUAAAUUAAAGAACUUUCUCAUUAAAAAGUUUAGUCAAUGUAGCAAAACCAUGAGAAAUUAAAUAAAAAGAUAAUUGGAUAUGUAAAUUCAUAUGGAACAAAAGAUACAAGAAGUUAAUUAUGUUACAGGUUGGUGACACACCAGCGCUCAUUGUUAGGUAGCACAAGAAAAUUAAAUUUUUCAAACCAGAAUGAUCUUGUAGUGCUUGGCUACACUCCUGUUUGUUUCCUUUUUUUUUUUUUUUUUUUUUUUUUUUUUGGUUUUUUUCGAGACAGGGUUUCUCUGUGCAGUUUUGGUGCCUGUCCUAGAUCUCACUCUGUAGACCAGGCUGGCCUCAAACUCACAGAGAUCCACCUGCCUCUGCCUCCCGAGUGCUGGGAUUAAAGGCGUGCGCCACCACCGCCCAGUGUGUUUUCAUUUUUCUUUAUAGCAGAAUGUAAGAAGUCAGGAAAGAAGUUGGAUAAGGGGCAAAACUAAUAGUCCAGUUGUCCAGAUGUGAUUACUGCAACCCCUGAACCCAAAACAUGUGGGCUUGACUCCAUGAUGGGAGAAAGUUUAAUUACAGUGGGCGGAAGGCAUGCCCUUUGUCCAAGAUCCAUGUGAAAAAUGCAGCCCCAGAAUGGGGACAAGGAUAUGGUAUGAAGCAGUGGAAAUGAAGUAAGUCCUUGUCUCCAAAACACAAAUCAAAGAGCUGAUUCCGAAACCUGAGACUGUGCUAAGGAAAGGAAUGGCAUGGCAUUUCCAGGUGUCACUGGAGCAGCUGUAUCAAGGUAGAGCUUGCAGCUAUGGGAACCAAUGGGUAUCCAUGUAACUCAGAUGACAUGUCACUGUUCCAUUCACUCCCAUGCCUUUUUUACAAAAAGAAUCUCAUUAAAAGAAAAAAUAAUAAAAGACUUCCCACAUGCA